AUGGAAGUGGCUCCAAUCCCAGAAGAGCAGCAGCAACUCACAGAUGCGCUCAAAGGAAACUAUCACCUGUUUGCAACAGGAGACAGUAGUAUUCAGACAGCUGCACUCACCGCGACAAAAUCCUUAUUCGAUUCCGGUCAGUCUACCAAUCUCAAGUUUCUCGAGCUCACACGCGUCGUAAAAGCAUUAUCACAAGAGAAUGAAGGACUAUCAAGUAUAAAGCGCUUUGUACAAUCCCUUGUAGCGGACAUGAACCACCAGCCGCGCGAAACACGAGCGCAAAAACUCUCGCGGGCAAACGCAGCAGACAACGAAGCAGGGCCAUCGAUUCAUCCAAAGAUGCGCGGAAUGGUAGAGGCAGCUGACAGGCUCGAACCCACUCCGUUGAGCGAGCUCUAUGUCAAUGGCAUGGGUAUAGAGCAAAUAUGGAGUCAGCUCGAGCUCCGCGCAAAGAAUAUCUGUGACUUGGUGGAUUUGGUUUUUGAAGGCGAGCAUUUGGAUCCAGAAACGCUGCUCAAGGACGAUUCCGACGAAGCAGCAGAGGCGGAUGAAAUGGAGGUGGAUGACGAAGACUGGGAUAUGGAGGAUGACGGGGGUGGAGAUGAAGAUGAAGAAGAGGAGGAAGAGGAGAGCUCUGAAGGCGAAGACCUGGGCGAGCACAUCAUGACACUCUCUGGCGAAGCCCCCAAACCAAAACAAAAUGGUCCAACUAUUGACCUCGAUAGGACAAACCUGCAUCAAUCAACACGACAAAGAAAGGGGCCAAAGCACCCUGUAUUAGACGACGACUUUUUCUCGAUACAAGAAUUCAACAGGGAAAUCGAGGGAGCAGAGGCACGUUCGUCAAGUAGAGGAAGACUCAAAAGGGCUGGGAGUGAUGAUGAAGAAGAAGAAGACAACGAAAGUGUCGACUUAUUUGCCGACGUUGGCGAGGAGGCAGAGGACAAUGGUUCUGAUGGAGACGGUGCACCCAUUAUGUACAGCGACUUUUUCGAGCCACCGUCGGCUCCGGCUCGCGUACCGGGCAAAAGACCGAGCAAGACGGUCGAUUCAAAUACGGAUGUGGUGUCCGAGAGUCCACCGUCCAAGACGUCCAAAGUUCGGUUCCACGAUGAGGUGCGGGUGAAAAUGGUCAAGAACAGACGAAGAGCCGACACACCAAACGCCAUUUUACUGGAAGACGACACCGACGAGGAGGAUGAGGACGAAAUGGAGCAGUGGAUGGACGAGGAUGAGGGCGAUUCAGAGGUCGAUUCAGACGAGGAGGAGGCUAGUGAAGGAAGCGAAGCAGAUGUAAUGGAGCGAGCCAAAGAUGAUCUAUUCGCCGACGACGAGGAGCCGCAAACGGAUCUAUCGACCUUUGCUCAGCGUCAGCUCGCGCUCAAGCAGCAGAUAGAAGAGCUGGAAAGGGAAAAUGUCGCGCAAAAGGAGUGGACGAUGAUUGGUGAAGCCAACUCUCGAGCAAGACCAUUGAACUCGCUACUGGAAGAAGACCUAGAGUUUGAACAUCGCCAGCGGGUCGUGCCCAUCAUUACCGAGGAAAAGGUCAAGAGCCUAGAGGAGAUUAUCAAGGCGCGGAUAAUAGAGGGACGAUAUGACGAUGUAGUGCGUCGGAGAGCAUUGGAUGACAAGCCGUUUUUGCCUUCGCGCCUGUUUGAGCUGCAGGACACCAAGUCUGCACAAUCUCUUGCUCAAAUAUACGAAGACGAGUACACUGCGGCCUCUUCGGGUGGUGUAGUUGACGACCGGGAUGGCAAGCUGAAAAAGGAGCAUGAAGAACUGGAGGCGAUCUGGGAGGGCAUUGCGAACAAACUCGACGCGCUAUGCAAUGCGCAUUUUACCCCCAAAUCAGCAAAGGGCGUGAUUUCUGUGGUGUCGAACCUCCCAUCGACGACGAUGGAGUCUGCGUUGCCUACGGCAAAGACUGCCUCGUCCCUUUUGGCUCCAGAGGAGGUCUUUUCGACGACUGCGCCCGGAGUGAUAGCAUCAAGGGAGGAAAUGACGCCGGAGGAAAAGCAGGCAUUGCGGAUGAAGAACCGCAAGAAGCGAAUGAAGAUGCGCAAGACACUCGACGCGAGUGUAGACAAGUACUCGCGGAUGAACAAAGGGCAAAAGCCAUCAAAAGACGGGGAGCCGAACGGUGGGGGCAAGGGGAAGGGGGAAGAAGGCACAGGAAAAGGAGGAAAAGGCCCGAGCACUGAAGACAAGACGCCGGCAAACGCGCGAACGGUGGCUUCUCUUCACAUCAAUUGGUUUGCAGCCCCGCCUCGAGAGGACUAUAAUUCCCAACUGGGGUAUAUAACCCCCAAGUUCGACUAUCGGCCCUCCGCAAGGGCAGCUUGCUCCACUUCCACGAUCAUGGCCUCUCAUUUCCCCGCCACUAAAGGCUCAAAGAAGGACAGCCAGAUCGUGCACACAGACACAGUUCAUGACGAUGACAAGAGCUUUAUGGGAGGCGAGCAAAUGUCUGCAAGCGAAUACCUCAGAACGCGCAUUAGUAGUCUGAGGCCUCCACUCGACCGUCCUCCGAAUCCCAUCAAGGCUCUUCGUUUACUUACACCCAUGAAUUGGGCAAUGUUUACGCUCGCCAUGCUUGGAUGGACUGUCGAUGCCCUGGAUUUCUUCACCGUGAGCCUUACAGUCUCGGAUCUUGCAAAGGAAUUCGGGAAAUCCAAGACAGACAUUACCUGGGGCAUAACCCUUGUGUUGAUGCUUCGUUCAGUCGGAGCCAUUACGUUUGGUCUCGCUGCGGAUCGCUAUGGGCGCAAGUGGCCUUGGAUUAUCAACAACGUACUCUUCAUCGCUACCGGUUUCUGUCAAACGUAUGAACAAUUCCUUGGAGUGCGUGCCUGCUUUGGUAUCGCUAUGGGUGGACUGUACGGCAAUGCCGCCGCCACGGCACUUGAAGAUGUGCCUCCUGAAGCUCGAGGAAUUCUCUCUGGGAUGCUCCAGCAGGGAUAUGCACUCGGAUACCUAUUGGCUGUUGUCUUUGCCCGCGCACUCGUUAAUACCACGUCGCAUGGAUGGAGGCCACUGUUCUGGUUUGCUGCUGGAUUGCCAGUGUUCCUAAUUAUCGGUCGUCUGCUCCUUCCCGAGACCCAGGCAUUCCAACGCCGCAUGGCUCUGCGUCAACAAGGAGAUGGAAUCGAGAAGACGUUUAUUCGCGAAGGAAAGAUUGCUCUAAAGAGGUAUUGGCUCAUGUUAAUCUACCUCGUGCUUUUAAUGGCUGGUUUCAACUUCAUGUCUCAUGGAAGCCAAGAUCUUUACCCCACGAUGCUUCAAAACCAACUCGAGUUUACUCCUAACCAGGUUACAGUCACUCAAGUCGUGGCCAACCUCGGUGCCAUAACCGGCGGAACUGUCGUCGGAUAUGCUUCUGAAGUAUUUGGUCGCCGACUCAGCAUCAUUGCCAUGUGCAUCCUUGGUGGCGCAUUGUUGUACCCCUAUGGAUUCCUCAAGGAUGAGCGAAUUAUUGCAGCUGCCUUCUUUGAACAAUUCGCUGUCCAAGGAGCAUGGGGACUUGGAAACUUGAUCAGUAGUGCAAGCUCUACGAUCGAAGCCAGGCUGGGUGAACGUUUCCCGCUCCCUCCAACUGCGAGUGGUACAAAACGCUAUGUGUACGGAAAGGUGAUCUCUAUUUUCCUGGGAUGCGUCUUCCUCUACGUCCUGAUUCUCACUCUCAUUGGCCCCGAGCGUAAGGAUCGCAAGAUGGCAGAGGGUGAUGGGAUCGAAGAGGCAACCCAUCAUCAUACGCUUCCUCACCAGGAUGACCCCGAAAAAGGACUCGAGAGGGAGCAGUCGCAGUCGAGCGAGGAGAAGCCAAAGGGGAAGCACGUCGAAAUGACAGUCUAG